UCUAGUCACAGUCUAGUUCUCGGUCAGACAAGCGGCUUCCUCCACAAUCAAAACAUACGCACUUCACGCCUUCAAGAAGUGAGAGUGAUGACAGCAGUGCAUUCUUGGAUUUGUUUACUAUUAGUGUGGAUUGUUACUGAUACAAAUGGGAAAACUCCAGAUGUUCAAGUAACCUGCACGUUCUCAGAAGCCUGUGUCCUACCCUGCAGCUUUGAUGCAACUGGAGAUGAGAUCAUACACUGGUUCAGACAAAAUGUCCCGAUUCACAUUUAUGUAAAGGGGAGCGGCCGGUUAGAUCAGCCGGAUGAGAGCUACAACGGCAGGACCUCACUAUUCACCGAAAUGAUUUCCUCUGGUAACGCAUCUCUUUAUAUACCAAAGUGCGGCCCACAAGACAGAGGGAAGUACAGAUGCCUUGUCACCAGCAGUCGAAAAACUACUGAGCACUUCAUCAUAGUCAAGGUGGAAGCCCCUAUCCAGUCAGUGAGCCUGGAGACAACACGUCUCAGUGGUUUUGAGGAAGUCAUAUGCUCCAGUCGAGAUGUCUACCCUGCUCCACGUGUAAACCUGUUUACAGACCCGGCCGUACUACCUGAUUCCCUCCAGCCCUUCACACGCAAAACAGCUGACGAACAAGGCCUGUACUCGGUGGAGAGCAAGCUCAAGAAGUUGAAAGAUCUGACCUACAUCUGCCUCGUCCAAUCAUUCUACAAGUCUCAGACAUGGAGGGCAUCACUACAGGAGAAAGAAAUGUACAGCGUGGAAGGUCAGGACUUCAUCAUCCCUUGUGUGGCCCCAUGGAAUCUACAAAACUUCACACUGACAUGGUCCUUCACCAAAGAACACAGGUCCUCAACCAUCUACACCUAUGACAGCCUCACAAAGCAGAGCUCCAACGUUUGGAAGGAGAAUGUGCGACUGGUGACCCCCAGGGGUCAAGGUGGAGAUGGCUCACUGCAGCUACACAACCCGCUGAGUCUAGAGCACACUGGAACCUACACCUGCAUCCUCUCUGCUCACCAGACCAAAUAUGAGGUUCAUACAAGAGUCAACGUCACACAAACCAAUCAUGAAGUCCAUAUGACAGUCAACAUCUCACAGGCCAAACAUGAGGCCCAUAUGAGAGUCAACACCACACUAAAGCCUGAGAAACAACAGGUCCAGAUCUCCACCAAGUGGUGGAUUCCUACUACUGCGAUCACAGGAUUUGUCACUGCAGUUGCAGCAAUCAUAGGAAUUAUAAAAUGUAAAGCUGGCUGUUCAAAAUCAAGUAAACCCCAUGCAAAGGCUACAGAGAUGCAACCAAUCAGAGUGACUGUUGCAAACAGCGGAGCUGCAUCUGAGGACACCUGUUUAACAGAAGAGAUCGACAACAGACCAACAUGAAAACACAUGGGGGAAAAUUUGUUUGAAACAGCAUAUAUAGGACUUCAGUUAUCUGAACCACCUUUUAAACUUUCCUUUAAAUCCUGAAAAGGGAUUGAUAUACUGCCAAGACAAAAUGAGAGAUAAGAAGUAUUUAUUCAUUAUUAUUAUUAUUAUUAUUAAGGAAAUAUGUCAGUACUUACAGUAAUCAUGACAUAAAAACAAUCCAGUGUUGAAUUUCUAUUAACUUUUUACUAACUUGUAUUUGACUUGUAUGUACUUGUUUUUUAAAGUUAUAUUCGCUCAAAUAACGUUUUGAAUUGUAUGCAUGAAUUGCGUUAUCUGUUAACACACUAUAACUCACAUAUGAAUACUAAAUGAUUUUUAUCUAUCUGUAUGAGAACGUCUACUAAAUGUUUUUAAUGUAAAUGUAAUUUCUAUUAAAUAUAUUAAUUAUGAAAUUUUAGCUUUCAUACAUUUUAACAAUUUUAUUUAAUUUACUUACAAUUUAUAACAAUUUAUGUGAAAUGCUAUACAAGGACAUUUUCGAAAAAUGAAUGUAAAUCACACUCAAAUAAUAACUGAAAUAACAGAAACAUUUUUAAAAAGGCAAUUUAUUAUUUUUAAUAAAAAAUAAUCUCCUGAGAACCCCCUAUAUAUAUUCUUUGCUAAAUAUGAUCCCGUUAUAAUACGUGUGCACGUGUUCUUGGUAUUUAUGUUGGUAUUUAUGGCCUAAUAUGUCAGCAGUGGAGUGACGGCGAGUCCUUUAAAAGGAGACAUUACGUAGCCUAUUUAUUUAAAAAAACGGAUGCGACUUAAUAUGACGUCAUAAAGAGAAUUCUGGAAAGAAGCGUUCUAAAUGACUCUUGGUAAGUUCGAAGUUGAGGUUCGGCGGACUUGUACCUACCUGUUUUGUCCUCGCGGGAUUACUGACACGUUUCUCUAACUUUAUCUGGUGACCGGCUGAAGUCGGUACAGGUGCCCCCUCUGCUGGCCCUCUGGUAGGCGUGCAGGGGGGGCUGUGUAGAGUCGUAAAUGACCGGUGUGGUGUAGUGCGUUGUGUGUGGUGGGGGGUGUGACACGGUGAUUGACAACAGAAGGACGGGGUGGUUAUUUUCUCUAACCAAAUUAGCUUUUAAUGGUUUAUAGCGACCCCACCCGAUCCCGCUCUUCAUUAGUAAUGGUUGUUAAUCACUGUUAACACCUGCUAUAAACCAUAUUUAUGAAUAGAUAGAAAAAAAAUACAUCAUAAAUACAUCAAAUAUCAAAAAUACAUUAUAAAUACAU